AUGGCCGCUGGCACUCAGCCGCUCGUCUAUCUUAAAACUGAGAAUUGCCGUGCUUUUAUCAGCUUGCUGAAGUCUGUUCAUUUCAGAGAUGUAUGGUCGCAUAAUUUUACGCGCUUAUGCGGAUUAGUUAGCCACACUCUUUGUCUCAAAGAAUGGUCUAAAGGUAACCGUGGAGGACGCCAAGUGCGUCCAAGGCAGCGCUUUCUUACAAGCAGACCUUUUUGAGGAAUUCCAAAUUUCUCAGUCAAUAAUUGCUUUCAAGAUAAAUCUAAAUAUUCUUUUGGUGAGGCAUUUUGAUUCCUAGUCAUAAUAUGCGCUCUUUUAGGACUGUUUAUCCGUAUUUGGUACAUUUAACCAGGCCUCCCUUACAUCCGCUAUCUUAACGUACAAGCAGCACGGAGAUACACUGGACUUACUGUACGCGAGCCCUCGUCUUCUUUAUGCACUUAUCAGUUUAGAGGAUAAUGGAGUUGUGGCGGAGUGUAAUAUAAAGACAAUGGACGCCCUUCAGAUCCUGGAUUUCGACUUCUCAAGCAGCAAAAUAACCAGUAAAAUCAUCAUAAAGGUAUGAUUAUGCGUCCACCAUUCUGUUACUUAAGUGUGGCAUCAAAAAUUACUGCCACUUAUUCUGCUGCGUGGUCUUUGUGUCUAUGUGGUCCGUAACACUAAGUUCUGAACCGUUGGCUGUUAAAUAGACCCCAUGUUUGAUACAGGAUGAGAUUUAUUCAUGAACUAGAGCUCGCUUUUAAAGUACAACGACCCAUGGACAAAUUGAUGCGUCUGUAUAAUCCAAACGUUUCCGUGUUUUUAAUUUUACUCACUUGAAUUAAAUUAUGUCUGAUUAUUUAUGUAGGGUUUAUUAACUGCCGACAAACACAUUGUGUACAUACUACAUAUGCGAAUGAGGCUGUCCAUAGACGUUUGUUAUAUCGCCUAACCUUAAUAAGACAAGGCAAUCCUGCGUGUACGUCGCAUCUUGUCAAAAAGCUUGGCGCCGGUGAUUGGCUGUUGUAAAGAGUCGGACUCAUUGCCAUGUCAUUGAUUAUCAUAAAUGCCACCAACGGUCUUGUUUUCAAACCAGCCUGUCACCCGCCUCUUGCACAGCGUUAGCAAAACGAGGUGGUGGAAAUAAAUUAAGGAAGGUUGGACGGAAGUCGGGAAUUGCCGAGCCGUGGCAGUGUUAGAGGUAGCACACGAGGAUCACUGCCUAUGUUUGGACACCAUCCUUGAGGUCAUUGUUUCCGACAGUCCGUACCUCCGGUAGAAGCGAAGAGGCGAGCUCCAGGAAGCACUUCAGACGAAGGAGAUGCGAUUGUUGGGACAUGAAUUUUGUUCGCCCGACAUUUUGGGUCCUCACUCAAACCCACCGUCAGAGACAGUGGCAGAUGGGGGGGUGAUUGACUCACGAGGGACGCAGUAUUUAUAGGAUGCAGCUGUCAUUCAACCGCAUGCAACUCAUCAUACCUAGCAGCUUCCACAUUCAUCAUCAGGGGGUCGUGUCGCCGUGUGGUAGCUAUUAUAAUAGGUAUGUUGUUGCACAGCGGGUGCAUCCUAUAAACACUGCGGUCCUCGCGUGUCCAUCACCCGUAUCUGCCACAGUCUCGGAUGAUGAGUUCGAGCGAGAUUCCAAACUUCAGGCGAAUAAAAUUCUUGUUCCAGUAAUCGUCCAGCCUCCUGAGCCCGUAAUUCCGUCGCCGGACAAACGUUUUGCCGUGCACAUAAACGGUCGUACGCUUGUGGUGUAGGGUGUCUGAGUCAUACUCGUUGUGUCACUUGGAUAGCAGAGACCAUGACAGCUAGUUUGUCAUUUCUGUUUGUUAUUCUGCCCUAAUUCUUUAACAGACAACCAAUUCACAAACAUUUUACCCAACCCUAGCAUAUGAUGUGGUUCAGAAGAUCUCAACAGGUCUCCGAUGAUCGUUGCGGAGGAAUUCCGUCUUUACGACAGUUGUGAUUGUGGACUUUUUCCCAUAAAUACCCAGACCAUUAUGUAGCGAUGGACAUUUGAAUUUGACAGCAUCGCCGCGAAAAAAAAUUCUCGAAAGCAAAGACGUUUUGGCGAAGGCUUUAUCACUCAGCCAAUCUCAAGUCCAUCACUUUUUUCUACGGAGCCCAAAUGUUAUAUGCGAUUUCAUAAAGACUACACAAAAUGACUUGCAACGAAUGUUAGUAUCUUGUCUACGUCUAUGCAACUGUUGCUACAAUGGUUUAGAAGAAGGAAUAAAGUCCAGAGGAGAUGGAGCCUCUAACGAUUUUCUCCACUGAUCAGCGGGCCACAUAACCGAGUCGCUCACAGUGAUGAUUUUUCAUCAGUCGACCAACGGAAGCAGCAGUACUGUGUGGCAGCAGCAUCUAUCAAACGACCCGAGUUAAUGCAGGCCAGUAGCGCAUGAUGAAAACGCUGGAAUGGCUCUACGAAAGCCUCAUGCACUCGUAUUUUUUUCAAAAUUACAUUGGAUCUGGCCACGAGACUACCUGCACCACGAAAACAACGAAGCAUGCAAUGUGCAAAUCGCAUGCUACACUUUGUUGCCUCUUAGACCUGUUCCUCUGAAGUUGGGACAUCUAGAUUUGGCCAUCCUUUCUUAUGAGGCAAUUGAGCGACAUUGCUCCUGUUCUGCGACGCGAACUCAGUUGCUACAACCACUGGAACGCGUUGAAUCAUUCAUGAAUUGCACCGGGACAACUCUUGCGAAUUUCAGUUCGGCAGUUCGUCUUCCUCCAGGCUUUUCACCCUACAGAGACUUCAUCUGACAGUUUGAGUUCGGGUAUCAGUGGACGGCUUACACUUGCAGCCAGAGAGUAGAGUCAUACCGGGACCGCUGCGGCAAAGAUCCCACUGGAGACAGCUGGAAUGGCGGUCUGAGCAAGUCGGCAAGACAUUUGCCAGCACGGCUGGCACCAAUUUAGUGAGGGUACUGAGAGACCUUUAUUCGUCUCAGCCAUUUGUCCAAUUAAUUUCCCACCAGAUGUUUACAUCACCAUUAACGAGGACAUCUAACUUCGUGGCUGUCUUCAGUCGGAGCUACUUUCGUGUGGGUCCUGCAGGGCGCGUUGUCUGACGACGCCGGUGACUUUGCGCUCCGGGGCGACAGUGGUGAUAAUCGGAAACCUACCCAAUGCCACUUUCCUAGUCUUUGGGAGCAGCUGACUAUCAUGACUGGCUAGACAAAAACGACGCACUUCUUUGAUCACCGAAAUCUUUGAGCUAUUUGAUCUUCGGGGUCGUCCUAAAGCGCAUUCACAGUGAAAAUCCCAAGAGCAUGUCAUUCAACGUCUUACCGAAUUGGGUGACGAUUGAGGGUCGCAACUGUGGGGCGACUAGGUGCGGUAAGCGGGAAUAUUGCCUUGAUGACAACUAGUCCAUUCCCAUCACAAACAAGAUGUGGCCCAGUGAUAACGAACCCACCGAGAACAUGACGUGUGUUUAGAUUGCCGUUACUAAUACGCCCGUCACAGUCUCCUGCUACGAUCUCAAAGGAAAUAGAUCUCAGCCAUUUGUCCAAUUAAUUUCCCACCAGAUGUUUACAUCACUAUUAACGAGGACAUCUAACUUCGUGGCUGUCUUCAGUCGGAGCUACUUUCGUGUGGGUCCUGCAGGGCGCGUUGUCUGACGACACCGGUGAUUUUGCACCCCGGGGCGGCAGGGGUGAUAAUCCGAAACCUACUCAAUGCCACUUUCCUAGUCUUUGGGAGCAACUGACCGGCUAGACAAAAACGACGCACUUCUUUGAUCACCGAAAUCUUUGUGCUAUUUGAUCUUCGGGGUCGUCCUGAAGCGUAUUCGCAGUGAAAAUCCCAAGGGCAUGUCAUUCAACGUAUUACUGAAUUGGGUGGCGGUUGAGGGUCGAAACUGUGGGCGACUAGGUGCUGGUCUUCCAGCUAGUUAAGUGUGGUGAGCGGGAAUAUUUCAUUAAUGACAACUAGUCCAUUCCCAUCACAAACAAGAUGUGGCCCAGUGAUAACGAACCCACCGAGAACAUGACGUGUGUUUAGAUUGCCGUUACUAAUACGCCCGUCACAGUCUCCUGCUACCAUCUCAAAGGAAAUAGAUCUCAUCGCCUUGGUCGUAGUGCGCAUCCACGUUUGACAAUGUCGCUGUCGACACCAACUAUAAUUACGCUGACAAUUGCCCCUUCUGGCCGUAUGGCCGAGACACAUUAUCAUGGCAUGAACACUUUGGUUGCAUUUUAUGGCAGCUGAAUUAAAAGUUGUCAGAUGUGAGAGGUACGCGCCCAUGGUUAGCAUGCAUCCAGUCUUUAGAAGACGAAGACGCGAUCACUGGAACAAGAAAUUUAUUGGCCUGACGUUUCGGACCCUCACUCGAAUCCAGCAUCUGGGACAGUCGCAGAUAAGGGUAAUGAUGGCACAAGGAGUGCGGUAUUUAUAGCACGUGGCUGCCACGGGACCAUAUGCGCCCUGUAAUUAACAGCUCUCGCAAUCACCACUGGGGUCGUAAUUGAUGCGAUAGUGACUUGUCAGCCCGCGUCCGAGUCCUUAAUUGCCGCGAUUUCGCCAUCCGUCUUGGAUGCUGGUGUGACGAUUUCUCGGCAGAUUGGCCCAUUCUCUUGUCUACUCACGCCUCUCUUACUGUUUUUUUCCAGUCAGAUUGCAUGCGAGAGGCCUUUUCGGAGUUGGAUGUGACGAGCGAGGUCCUCGAGGUCACCGUCAUUCCUCCACCGCUGCCCCAGCCGCGUCUGCGCCUAACCACCUACGGCUACACCGGCACCGUGCACUACGACUUUCCGCGGGACUCGGACCCCGUAGAGGUGUUUGAGUGCUCCACUCCGGACGCCCUGGUGGCCCGCUACCGACUCACUCUCCUGCGUCCCGCCACAAAUCGGGCGUUGGCACUCUCCUCGCGUGUCUGUAUUCGCAUGAAUGAGCGUGGCUUCCUGUCUCUGCAGUACAUGAUCACCUCCCUCCAUUCCAAUGACUCGCAGGCGUCCUUUGUGGAAUUCUUUGUAAGUCAUCGACUCUUUGCCGACUAACCUAGACUUGCGAUAUCGUUCCGCCCGUAGAUGUAUUGGCCUUCCUUUCGGCAUGCCUGAUUUGUUUGUAGGCGUUGAUAUGGGUAAUAAACCCUGCGGACACCUGUUUGUUACCUGAAAAAUGCGUUCUUCCUACCAACAGAACCCGACUCCUAAAGGGAUUAUCUGCAUAUACUCCUCCCAGAAUCUGAGGCUUAUAUGUUUUCCUAUAGAGAUUACAGUUUUCUCGGUAAACCACUCUUGUAAUACUGUCGGAUCUGAUCGUUUCAUUGGAGGCGCAACCCCUGUUGUGACCCAUGCCAUGGCCUAUCGCUUGCGAGGUACAAUCAGUGACCGAUCUCGUGAAAUGUUAACCGGAAUUCUGAAAUUUGUCUUCGACUAGGGAGGAUUACUUGAGUUAGGUCCUACUAUUGAUCCUCUCGUGACAUGAUCCCAUGACAUCUCAAACAUGCCAGGACUAUGGCUUUUGAAUGCACUUCGGCUGCCGUGCAAUCUCCACUCAAAUUGCGUCCUAUCCACCCAGUUGUUAAUGCACCUCAUGAAGUAUAAACCGCAGUCCAAAUCAUUUGCAAAACUUUAUGAGUCCUGUUUUGUAACUUCUUAAUGGCAUAAAGGAAUGAAUGGUUUUCCCCACACGGAAAAAGUGCAGCUUAUAGACUGAAAACCCUUAACAGAUGCAACGACAGGUCAGGCUAAAAACUAUUUGUAAGUCGAGAAUUUUAAGACCGAAGGACGCCCUUUCCCCGAAUAUAAGAUUCGAAGAAGUAAUUUUCUAAAAAAUGAGUACAAAAAGAAUAUUUUUGUUAAUGUCUUCCAUAAAGUCUAUUUGAAUUGAUUAGGACUCCGAAAACCAACGGGAAAAUGCAUACUAGUUAAGUAGUCAGCGUUUGCCGUGUGCGAUUUUUUCAAGCGACCGAAGAGAAGUGCAUUCGAAAGCCAACAUUCUGGCGUGUCUGAAAUAUCAUGGGAUUAUGCUGCACUAUAAUCAUUAUUACAACCCCAUUUAACUAAAUCUCCCUAAUCGAAAACGUAGUUCAGAGUUCCGGUUAACAAUUCAGGAUAUCGGUCACUGACUGUAGUUUGGGGACUUUGCUUCAGUUCUAGCCAAUUGGUUCCACCUGAAGACGCCCUGGAGGCGGCUGUUGACCGUGUGGGGACAACAAAUGGCUUGGCAACAGUUUAGGUGGACGUUCAACGGGGCAGUUCUUUUGUCGAAAGGCUGUUAACCGGUCGGAUUACAGGAUCCGCUUGUCCUGUUUCCCUUUUGGACUCGACCUAGAGCCCCAGGAACAGAGGAAGGUUGCUGACGACGGCAUGGGAGCCUGAAAGGACUAUUUCCGGCUUAUUAGCCAUAAUCGGCCGGCCAUGCCCAACCCCAGGUUUGAAUGACCCGGGAUUCGAGCUCGGGUCCUUCGGUCAUUGAGUAGAACGCUCAACCACUGGGUCGCGGACCAGUUGUCUUGCCGCUUGCGAUCGGAAAUGGUAACUUUAGAAGAUGAAGAUGCGAUCACUGGGACAAGAAGUUUAUUUGCCUGACGUUUCGGAUUCUCACACGAAUCCAUCAUCAGAGACAUUCGCAGAUAGAGGUCUUUGAAAGGCCUUCAUCGAUCAGGUUACAGGACCCGAGCGUGUCUUUUCGAUCUCAUGUAGUCAGAUUUGCGGCUGAGCCCUAACAAGUUCAUGAUUAGCUUUUGGCACCACACAUCGCGCUGGAAUAUAGUACUGUGCUGGCUCAACGCCCUUGGCUCAGUGUAUAGUUUAAUUUCUAGAUCGGCCGGCACUUGAAUGCUAAGUUACCAGAUGUCUUCUGAGGUGUCGUUGCCGGCUGGUCGUAAAUGCCAGAUUUCUCAGGAUAGCAAAAUCCUCAAACGUUUCAUUCUUAUUACAAGACCCUCUUAUUGUGCAAUAUAGAAGGACUCAUCCCGUAGAUGCGUCGUAUCUCCUAGCCUUGGCCCUCCAGUAGUUUGCAACGACAAGGUCAGUCGCCUGGAAACGUCGACCGUCAGAAGUUCAUCUUGGAGGACCUCUUUUUGCACGUCGUUGGUGUCCAACUUGGGGGGGGGGGGGACAUACUCCAACAACUGUUACGUUUACAACAGGAAUAUGCAAAAGUGCAGUCCCCAGCGAACACGGUUUCCAGCGUGUGACUAGAGUUUUGGCCUAAUUUCCCGGAACGAUUGUAGCGUCGUGUCCACCUCUGUUGUCACUGACAGCGCUGUCGUGGUGCUUAACGUUUCUCUCAGCGCCUGACACUUUAAUACUGUUUGAGUCCUAAUCUCUAACGGAGACGGAGGCCGGCAGUUCCGAUGUGGUACUGCGCCACCGAAGGUAUGGGUUAGCUCUGCACUGCCGCUACUACAAAAAUUCCCACGUCCCAGCAUAUGAUUCGCAGUUUUGCCUUUUAAGCUUUUCAUUUCGUCUUGACUUGAUUGACCAAUUCAGACUAGUCUUCGUAAUUUGAAUUUUGAGCUCGAUACCUAAAUUGGAAUUGACAUUUGGUUUGCAUCCUAUCAAGUUCUGUGGAUCACCUGCGCCAUACUAAAAUUGGCAGCGGCCAGCCAGCGGUGUGUACAUAUACAUUGAGAUUGAUUCGUCAUGCUCUCAGCACGGAUAAUAGCUAAAAACCCAGGCACGCAUUUCGCCGACUUUGUGCCGUUGCAUGAUGCGCCGCCAUCUUUUUUUCCUCCGAAAAGGCCAUUCUGCGGAUUGACAGAGACCUAGAUGCGCCGGUUCCCGUGAACACCGUAGUAUGAAUCGAAAGUCGUGGUGAUAAAACUUCCGUGAAAUGUUGAUUCAAAGACUUCAUCAAAGUUGGGUUCCUUGGUCUCCAACUCGACCUUUCGGCUGGAUGCCCAGCCUGCAGGCUAAUUUAUUCAUCGACGGCUCAUGUUCGUCCCAUCACAGUGCUGGCGGCCCAUGCUGUAAUUAGACCGCGCCAUUUUAUAGGGCUACCGGUUUGCUAUACUCUAAUCCCCCACAUCCUGUUUGCGCUGUUACCGCUGGUUCGCGGUUCUUUAUUCGCCAAGUGUAAGUCUGAUUUUCUUUCGCAUAUUCAUAUCAACUUGCGGAUCGAGCCUGAAAGGUAUGUUUCGAAGGAUUUAGUGUAGGUUCGCGCAUUACUUUCAUCGGAAACCAAACAAGGCAGUUACAAUGUUCAUCACCCGUAGGUAUCUCGGGUAGCCAACAGCUACACCACCACAUAUGCCUUAUCUACCCCGUGUUCACCCUGUCAUUUCAGAAUCAGGCCCAGUAAGGAUAGCACUGUGUCCCCACCUAGCCUUUUUUCCCAGGACAUUCCUACUUAUUUCAUUUACGUAGGCAUGUUAUGUCAGAUUACGGUCGCGUUCAACUUUACGAAUAGAGUUACGGUCAUAAUAAAGGCUGGGGUUGGGUUUAAAGUUAGGGUUAGGAAUGGGAUCGGAACUAGGAGCAAGGUUAAGGCUGGAGUCAAGUUUUCCUUUCACUUAUCGUUUUAGCCAUUUUGGCCAUCAUUAAUCAAUAACCACAGCUUACCUUCUUUUCCGCCCCUUCACGUCCACUAAAUUCGCAUCUUUCAAAUCGCGCGGCAUCUUGUUGGAUUAAUGAGGCAAACAUAUGACGGGACUGCGAGUUUUCUCCAUGCCCUCCAUCUGCCCCAUCCUUACUAACAUCCUUCUCACAUAACGGAAAUUCUGCUCAAUUUUUCGGGUGGCGCCACAUACGCUAUCGUUGCCUCGAGUCCGAAAAGCCCUGUUUCGAGUUCCGCCAUCAAUUAUCUACGUUAUCUACCAUUAUCUACAUUAAGGUUAUUCGGGUCCCCAAGAGUUGUCUUUGCCCACCCUUCUGAUUCCGGGAGCUUGCUUCUCUUGUCUAUCUUUCUAGUGUGUUCCCGACGUGGACGAUACAGACGACCAUCGGAACACUGAUGACAUCGUCUCCGGUGACAUCUCGCCCUAG